GCGAAAAGUUCGCGAUUGAAUGCUUUUGGUGGUUUAAAUCUGAUAUAAAACCUGGCUAAUUCAAAUUUAUUAGGAUAAAAAAAGCAUUAAAUAUAUAAUAAAAUAGUUAUCUUUCUUUCUUUAAAUGUGCAUACAAAAUUGUGUGGAGUAACAGAUAUCCGAAUGAAAUUCAACAUGACAUUCUUAAAACUAUUAUUAAGUAAUAGUAUAAUAUACCUUGCUAUAGUGGCAAUAGCAAGUCCUAUGGACGGUGAAAAAGAAAUCAAAGGAGUGGAAACCGAUGAAGAAUCGAAAAUUGUGCGCAGUGUAUUAAACAACAAAUUAAGCAAUAUAUUAGGUUAUAUACUUCCGAUACAUUAUAACAUAGAGUUAGUGUUACUCAAUAAUUAUCUCCGUAGCAAUUGCAUAAUCACUUUAAAUAUUUUUUAUGCGAAACAAUACAUAAGUUUUUAUGCACCGGAUUCAGUGAGUAUAAUAGUAUCGACAUUAAAGACAAAUAACGGUACGGUUUAUGAAACAAAUCACACAAUUUUUAUGAAAAACAAUAUUUACGUGCUCGACUUCGGUGAUGUCUUGUUGAAUGGAAAGUACGAUCUGUAUAUAGAGUAUGAAAUCUUAAUUAAUAUCGUAAGGGAAUCUUUCGGAACUCCGUACUUAAACGAAGAUGAAAAAAUAGAGUGGUUAAUCGCAACAGGUAUCCAGCGAAGAAACUGGUAUCAAACGAAAAAACAGCAAAUAUUUCCAUAUUGGGACAACCCAGAAUUAGGAAUAACUUUUGUUAUUUCUAUAUUGCAUCAUCCAAAGUACAAAGCUUUGUCAAAUAUGCCGAUACGAGAAACUAAAUUGAUGAACUAUAAUAUGAUGUGGACAUUUUUUCACAAAACUCCUUUGAUCUCCAUAGAUAGUGUAGCAUGUCUGGUUUCCAGUUUUCAUCAGAGCAUUCUCUCGAAAAAUGAAAGAAUUCUUUCAUCCAUAUGGUUCAGACCACAAUCGGAACCGCAUCUAGAAUUUGCGAAAACUGUUAUUAUUUCCGCUAGUACAUUUAUGAAUGAAUGGAAUAUUUUGAAAAAAGCAUUUGAAAACCCCUUUUUUUCAUUUGAGAGUAAAGUGGAUCAUGUCGCAAUUCCGGCUUUACAAAAAGAAAUCGAACAGACUUUCGGUUUCGUUUUUUAUCGAGAAGCAGAUAUCACUUAUAAUGAAGAAUUAGAUCCUGUCGUAUAUAAAACGAUAAUUACACGUUUAAUUGCACAUGGGAUGAUACAAAAAUAUACUGGAAAUCUGUUCAGACCAACUUACUUAUGGUCUCGUACGUUAAUCGAAGGAUUUAAUAUAUUUUGGCAAGAAUACAUUAUCGACAAGGUUCUGCCAAAUUCCCGGAUGAUGGAUUUGUUUGUAGUUCAAGUUCAACAUGAAUUACUCUAUCUAAAUACUUAUGUUGUUAUAAAUUCUACUAUAGAAUAUAAUAGUUAUCCUGAAAAUUAUUUUCACUCUUCUCUUUCUCAUAUCAAAGGAUCUGUUAUAUGGCGCAUGUUAGAACGAACAUUACCACUUCAUAUAUUUUCAGAGGGAUUCAUCAAAUAUUUGAAUAAUCAACUUAGUAAGCCUGAAGCAACAACUGCCGAUCAUUUAUGGAACGCUAUGAGAUCUAAGCUAAAUGAAUCGUAUCCUAAGUAUGAUUUUAAUAUAAAAGAUGCGAUAAAUUCGUGGAUUAUGCAGAAAUAUCCUUCCGUGUUAGAGGUGACGCGAAAUUAUUCUAGUUAUCUUGUAACUAUAUCGGUACAAUUUCACAACAAAUUAGAGAAACAUUGUUAUAUACCUAUUACUUAUGCUACGGAGUCGAAUCCCAAUUUUACCAUAACAUGGACGGAAAUGUGGUUAACACCAAGGGAUUCAAAAAUUGAAUUUUUAUUUCAAGAGAAUAAUCAAUGGAUUAUUAUCAAUUUACAACAAGCUGGAUAUUAUCGCGUCAAUUAUGAUAUUAUAAACUGGGGAAAAAUUGCACAAUACUUAAAUUCUGAAAAAUAUAGUAAUAUACAUGUUCUCAAUCGAGCGCAAAUCAUCAAUGAUGCAUUUCAUUUUGCGAUAGAGAAGAAACUUAAAUUCUCCAUAUUUUGGGAACUCGCUUCUUAUUUGGCACAGGAAACAGAUUAUAUAGCAUGGUAUCCUAUGCUCAAAGCAUUUGAAUUUCUGUCGAACAUCUUUCCAUUCUUAAAUUUUUAUCCUGAAUUUAAGGGCGUGCUAAAGUUUGAUUUUAUGCAGAAACAUAGAAUUAGUAACUGGAAUCUGUUGAACCAAAGUCACAUCAACGAUCGUACUAAAUGUUUAAAACAAGAACUCGCAAAGUGGAAAUGUAUUAUGAACGAUCAUUCUUGCGAAGAAAGCUCUAAGCAUCAUUUGAAAUGGCAUCUAGCAAAUCUUAAAAAAAACAAACUUUUGCCUGGAUGGAAGAGGUGGACAUAUUGCAAUGGCUUAAAAACGGCAGAUCGUGAUACAUGGGAUAUAGUUUUUUAUAAUUACAUGAAAGGAAAUGAUAAAAUGUUUGAAUGUUUGAUUUAUAGUAAAAAUUCUGAAAUUUUAAUCCAUUAUUUAGAAAUUAUCACACAUACUGUAAUAAUUUCACAAAUUUCAAAAUCUUUGUAUAAUCAAUUUCAUCUUCAACUUGAAUCGAUAGAGCGAGCUUAUGCCUUAAAUGCUAAUAUUUUCCUUUCUAUUCUUGAGAGGAAUACUAAGUAUAUGCUUACAAAUUUAUUAAAUAAUGACAUAAUAAUAAGACACAGAAGAGUCAAUGAGAUUGUGGCAUUAAUUGUUAUAAUUAACAAUGCGUAUUCUAUGGAACAGUUGGACGAGAUACAAACAUACAUAAGAUACAUAUACAAGGUGUUUCCAGUAUCUCGCAACAAAGUAAAACCCUCGAGGUUGUGUAUCUCGCAACAAAGUAAAACCCUCGAGGAUAUGUAAAUAUCGCUAAACUGAACUAAAUAAUCCUAUAUUAUUUUGAAAACCACCACGUAAAAUUUCGAGAUAUUAAUUAAAAAAGA